AUGAGCUACUACAGCAACUACUACGGAGGCCUGGGCCAUGGCUACCGAGGCUUUGGGAACCUGGGUUAUGGCUAUGGCUGUGGCUGUGGCUUUGGAAGCUAUGGGUAUGGCUCUGGCUACGGAGGAUAUGGUUAUGGCUACCGUCGCCCAUUUUGCUAUGGAGGGUAUGGACUCUCCCACUUCUACUGA